CUUGGUCAUGGUAGAAGUCAGACCUAUGCCUUAUAGGCAGCUAUUCAUUCUAUGUGCUUGCCGUUUUGCUGAACCAAUCUGCUUUACCGUCUUAUUCCCCUUUAUCGUCCCAAUGGUACGAGACUUUAAUAUCACAGACGAAGCAAACGUUGGUUAUUAUGUUGGAUUUAUUACCUCAUCGUUUGCGCUUGCACAAUUUCUUACUGGUAUGCCUUGGGGUAUGCUGUCUGAUCGCAUUGGACGUAGACCGGUUAUCUUAACCGGUAUGGUCGGAACGGUUAUCAGUAUUCUUCUGUUUGGAUUGUCAAAGUCAUACAUUUGGGCUCUUUUGGCAAGAAGCUUGUGCGGUUUGUUGAACGGAAAUAUCGGUGUAUUGAAAAGUAUGGUGGCAGAAUUGACUGCCGGACAACCAGCAGAUAAACGAGCAAGAGCAUUUUCUCUAUUGCCAUUGAUGUACGGCCUUGGAAGUAUCAUUGGCCCAAUCUUGGGAGGAUUCCUUGUUCAUCCUGUCGAGACAUACCCUGAUAUAUUUGGAAGGGGCGGGUUUAUUACAGACUUUUUGACAGAAUACCCAUAUUUCCUCCCUUGUUUCAUUGCAGCCAUCAUAUGCUCCCUUGGACUGAUAUUUGGUCUUUUCCAGCUUGAAGAAACCUUGAAUGUCAGCCGUGAAAAAGAGGAAGAAAACAGUAUUACCGAACAGACCCAACUUCUUGCUCAACCAGAAGAACCUUCUGCGUAUGACACUUUCAAUACAACAUCCCAAGGAAACGUAACGAUCUCACCUACACCUACUCUUCAAGCCAAACCAGCCCCACCAACCAUCAGAGAAUCCCUCACUCCUGCUGUUCUGGCUAUCUGUACCACUUAUGCUGCUUUUUGCUUCCAAGCUGUGUUUUAUGAAGAACUCUUUCCUAUCUGGACAUCCAGUAGUAGAGGGGCCGGUGGUCUCGGGUUUCAAACAAGCGAGACGGGUAUGGCCCUUGCCUUCUCUGGUGGCGUUACUUUGUUCUCCCAAUUGGUACUUUUACCCCCUCUUGUAUCACGCUUUGGACUCGUCCGUCUCUUCCGCUCUGUGCUGUUUGUACUCAUAUUCCUGUACGCCUUACAAGGCCUUGUCCGUUUACUUUAUAACGUGCCUGACUUUGAUGGCCAAGUGGACACCAAGUUAUGGGUCUGGGUGGGUCUGUUGACCUGUCUGGCCAUCAAGACCAUUUGCGUCACCAUCUCAUUUACCGGAUGCACUAUUCUUGUCAACAAUGCUGCACCACGCGCAGAUGCACUCGGUACCAUUAACGGAUUCUCCCAGUGCUGUGCUAGUGCCACGCGCGCUCUCGGUCCAGCCACUUGCGGUAUUAUUUGGUCAUCUUCUCUUGGUGCAAAGUGGAUUCCUUUCCAACUUAGAGUGCACAUCAGUUUCAUAGUACUCUCGUUGUUUGCCAUAUUCACAUAUUGUUCAAGUGAGAGACUUAAAAGACUCGAAUUUGAAGGACCAUAUUCAAGAGAAGAAGUUGUGUCUACUGAUGAAUCAGAGACUCAAGACCAGGACCAGCUCAAUCGAAGAGCUUAAAUUAAUCAAAGAGACAGAGAGAGAGAGAAGGGAGAGAUCCCUUUGUUACCCCAUUCUUAUUCUUAUUCUUAUUCUUCUUUUCUCUGUACAUAUGCUUCUGGUAAUAGCUAAAUAACCAACCAACCACACCUCAUCCAAAAGACAAAGAAUAAGAAAAAGAAGUAGAAAUAAUAAUAGCACCAAAUAGAUAUCUUUAUGUAUCAUUAAACAUAAAUUUUAGUAUGCAAUCUAUCUUACCAUAGAAAAGAGUUAAACCCUCUCUAGUAGUAUUAUUCCUCGAUAACCCAUUACCUCUUCUCCAUCACUCUUCUUUUAUAUCUCUACACUUCUUUUUAAAGACAUAAAUAAAAAUGGUAGUGAUAAUUACACCAAUAAUGAUAUU